AUGUCGAGCAACCCUCAAGCUCCUGAUGUCUCGGCCCUGGCGGCUCAAGUGGAAAAGCUAUCGAAUGAACUGACUAAAUUGAAUGGGGAAUCUGACGUUCGCAAACUUCACCACAAGUAUGGCUACUACCUGGACAAGUGUUUAUAUAACGAGGUGGCUCAACUUUUCGCUGAUCACCCUGAUACCUAUGUUCAAUUCAUGAAUGGCCGUUAUAACGGUCAAGAGGGCGUGAAGCGCUUGUAUAUCGAGCGAUUUGCAAAGCGAUUUGUUGGCGGUCGAAAUGGCCCAAUCGAUGGUUGGCUCCUCGAUCACCUCAUGGCACAAGAUAUAGUCGACUUCGACCCCCAUGCAGGCAGGGCUAAAGCUAGAAUCCGUGCUUUCAUGAGUGCGGGAACUCAUGAGUCACUGCCGGGGAAUUUUCCGGGUGGCUACCGUCAGUGGUGGGAAGGCGGGGUAUAUGAGAACGAGUACAUUCUCCAGGAUGGUGUGUGGAAGAUCCUACGCCUUCGCUAUUAUCCCUUCUGGCACGGGUCCUUCGAGUCAGGCUGGAAACAAGCGAAUGAUUUUGUUCCCUUGUUCAAAGAGCAGUACCCAGCCGACCCGCUCGGCCCUGAUGAGAUACUCCCGGACUUUUCGCUUUGGCCUGAUACCCGAGUGAUUCCAUUCCAUUAUAAGCACCCGAUCACGGGGAAAGAGGUGGCUGAGGAGGACAUGCAGGCCCCAAGGUGGCUAGAAGAUGCUACUACUGCCCCACCUGCCCGGGCCAUCACAGACUGGGGGGCCUGA